AAACAAUGAACGGGGAUGGAGUCGCGGGCGAGCCCCGUCCGAUAUGGGAGCGUCUGGGAUGCGCGCGCGGCGUGUGUGCGCGGCUGUGCAGGCGCAGGGUGCGCAGGAGAGUGGCGCCGGAGCACGCCGCGGUCAACGGGAAGACUUCCGCAAGAAGUCGGGAGUCCCGCCGCCGCAUCAACCACCCCCCUCCGGCCCUGUACAGCUCGCUGGGAGAGCGUCUCCGCACGAGCACCCCUGAGGCGCUGCAGUGUGCUUUGUUCUGUGGUGGAAACAGGUGCCAGUAUGAAUUACCACCAAAAGCACCGGCCGCUAUACAAGGGCUGUAUUCUAGUUGGAUCACAGAUGACAUCCUGGCGAUGGCGCGGCCCAGCACCGCCAGCAUUGCGGCCAGGAACAUCAUACAGCAGUUCCACAGUUGGGGUAUCAGAACGGUGAUCAACCUUCAGACGCCGGGCGAGCAUGCUAGCUGUGGCCCUCCGCUCUCCAAAUCAGGCUUCACAUACGAUCCCAAUGUGUUUAUGGCUAAUGAUAUUUACUACUACAACUUCGCGUGGCCUGACUACGGAGAAGCGAGCCUCAGCGGGCUGGUCGACAUGGCUAAAGUUUUGUCCUUCGCUAUUCAGGAGGGAAGAGUUGCUAUCCACUGUCACGCAGGUUUAGGCCGAACCGGCGUGCUAAUAGCCUGCUACCUAGUUUACUCUCUCCGUGUGCGAGCCAACGACGCCAUCCGUCUCGUGAGGAAGAAACGUCCCAGGUCCGUCCAGACCUCGGGCCAGAUCCUCUGCGUCCAACAGUUUGAGCAUUACCUCCUGCCGCAGACUGUCAUGUUCAGCUCCAAGGAGCCAAUAAUGCUUACGAAAGACCACAAAACAGCUGAGUUUACGCUCCGUCAACAUUUGUACCGGCAGAAGGCAACCUUACAUGGCCUUGAAGAGAGAGCUUUUAAAGAGAUUCCUAAGAUUGUAUACAGCAUCUGCGAGCGUCUACUGAAACUGUCUGGUUGUACCACCAGCGUGGGCUUGGACUUCCGAGUGAGGAACCGACCUUUUUACAAGUCCUUCCUCGUGUACCGACUGAAACAGACGAGGAAACCCGAGCCUUCCACGCCAGAUGAAGUUCCUGAAGUUUCAGAGCCCGUGGCCACACUGCCGAUGGUGGAAUGGCGGGAUCCAGUGGAGGAGGACAUCGACCGCAGCCUGGAGGCCGUCAGCAGGAUCACCGGCAGCUCCUGUAACAACGGCGCCAUUCCCGCCAUACACGUGUAUGAGGCAUUCGUGGUCGACCACCGCAGUCUUCCAGAGGAGCGGCAGACGUACAUGAAGCAGCUGCGCACGGACAUCAACCAGAGGAGGGAGGCCAUCGCCAGGAUCGACGAAGAGGAGGACCCAGCAGUAUUGUCGUGGUUGCUAUGCGAGUGGCUGGAGGGCCUGAAGACGCCCGUGCUGAACCGCGACGACCUCUCAUCCAUCGUGGGGCGGGGGCAGAACGUGGAAGCUUGUCUGGUGGCUUUGAAAAUGGAAGACGCAAUGCUCCUUGAGUACCUACUACGCUUCGUGACUCGCUUACGCCCUCUAGCGGCGACUAAGAAAAUUGAUAUUCUGAAACGUCUGAUCGCUUCUCUCACCCACCAGACCGUGUUGGUCUGCGGACGAUGUCUUCCAACCCGUAAGGACUUCUCCAGACUUCGCGACGGAACCUGCAGUCAAGUCGUAAAUUUUUUCCUAAGGACGAUAGUGGAACUCCAAAAAGAUAUGUUGAAAGCGGGUAAAGACGAUUCCGAUGUGGUUGUACCGAUAAGGAGGUUUAAAAUAAAGGCUUGGAAAUGA